AUGAGUGGAAGUAAGCGUGUUGCAGUGGUUACAGGUUCCAAUAAAGGUAUAGGAUUUGCCAUUGUGCGCGGUCUGUGUAAACAGUUUGACGGGGAUGUCUACCUCACUGCUAGAAAUGAAAUAAUCGGACUUGACGCAGUAGAAAACCUAAAGAGAGAGGGACUUCAAGUCAAGUUUCAUCAACUAGACAUCACUAAGCCUUACACUAUCAAAAAAUUGAAGACAUAUCUCCAAGACAGUUAUGGUGGACUGGACAUCUUAGUCAACAACGCAGGCAUUGGAUAUCCGGAGGCUUCCACAGUACCUUUCGGUGAACAAGCAGAAGCAUCAGUCCGAACUAACUUCACUGGAACGCUUGCUGUGUCUGAAGCAUUGUUUCCUAUUCUGCGUCCACAUGCAAGGGUGGUAAACAUAUCUUCUAUAAUAUCUCAAUUCAUAAUGAAUCAGUGUCGUGCCGACCUCAGGGAAACUUUGCUAAGCCAUACGUGUAUUACAAUGGAGAAAUUAAAUAAUCUCAUGGAGCAAUUUGUAGAUUCAGCUAAAACGGGAACAUACCAAGAUCUUGGCUGGCCGAACACAGGCCUUGCUUCAUAUGGUAUUUCAAAGAUAGGAGUGACCAUCAUGUCCUUCAUACAACAAAGGGAACUUCUGAAUGACGCCAGGCCAGAUGUAGUGGUCAACGCGUGCUGUCCCGGCUUCGUGGCCACUGACUUAACUGAUCACAGAGGAACGAAAAGUAUCGACGAAGGUGCUGACACCCCUCUGUACCUCGCCAUGCUCCCUUUGAACACGACCAGUCCCAAUGGAGAAUUGGUUUCGGAUAGGACCAUCCUCGAUUGGCAAGUGACUCAGACCUAUUAG